GAGACGAACCAGGAUGUAGGACGCUUGCAGUGGAAACACCAGCAACGAACGAGGGACAUUACGAUUAAAUGUGUCUUCUUGCUACAAAUAAGUAGAUUAAUGUGAACGUCACAGCUGAAUCUGACACGACUAAUGUUAUCACGAUGGAAGACUCUGUCAGAAUUGUUAUUUUUUCAGCCAUUUUUUUUGUGUCGGGGAUGAACUGCCAAGAAGCAGUCUUACACAUUUCAGAUGGAAAUCAACAAAUGGAAUACUGCAUUGUUUACAAUUCCUCUUGGACCCCUCUGCCACAAACACUUGAAGCUGCCGCGCGAUAUCCCCUGGUAAACAUGACCUCCACUGUGCUAUGUGAUGCCUCUGGGAUCAUUCCAGAGGCAGUCAGUGGAAAAGCGGUGGUGGUGAUGAGAGGAGACUGUGAUUUCAGCCAGAAAGCUGAGGUUGCCCAGAGUCUUGGUGCCACAACUUUACUCAUUGCAAGCAAUAAAACUCUGUUCACUCCAUCAGCCAAUGAAUCUGAAUAUGCAAAGGUCCAUAUUCCACUGGCUCUCAUGAGGUACAGGGACUUCCUGGAAGCACAGCAGAUGUUUGGUAAAGGAAUGCAGGCAAAGCUGUUUUCACCGGUACAAUCCAAGAUUGAUCCGAGUAUUGCGGUCAUGCUUCUGAUUGCCAUUACCACCGUUGCCUUGGGUGGCUACUGGAGUGGGGCUUGUGAGAGGAAUCGUUUGAAUGCUGGUGCAGAAGGUGGAGGAAGAAGCAACAGCAAAACAGACAGCGGAGAGGUUUUCCUCUACUCUCCUCUCAAAAUUAUCAUCUUCGUCGCUGUAAUGUGUGGCAUGCUUGUUCUCAUGUACUUCUUCUACAACAUUCUUGUGUACAUCAUAAUUGCUAUAUUUUGCCUGGCAUCUGCUACCGCAUUGUUUAGCUGUAUAGAUGCAGUGAUGGAGAAAAUAGGCUGUGGAACUGUGAGUUUCUCUGUUCGCAGUUGGAACCUGUCUGUGAGGUCAAUUGUACUGGCUGGAGUGUGCCUCAGCAUUGCUCUGGUUUGGGUAGUCUACAGGAAUGAAGAUAGAUGGAUCUGGAUCUUACAGGACCUUCUUGGAAUUGCCUUCUGUCUCAACUUCAUGAAGACCAUUUCGCUAUCCAAUUUCAAGAUAUGUCUGAUUCUACUGGGCCUCCUCCUUGUGUAUGAUGUCUUCUUUGUUUUCAUCACUCCUUUUUUCACCAAGAAUGGUGUUAGCAUUAUGGUGCAGGUUGCCCUAGGCCCUGAUGCCUCUGGAGAGAAGCUGCCAGUGGUGAUGCGUGUCCCACGGUUCUCAGCUUGGGCCCAGAACCUGUGUGGGAUGCAGUUUUCCAUUCUGGGUUAUGGAGAUAUCAUUGUGCCAGGUCUCCUGGUGGCCUAUUGCAGCAGGUUUGAUGUUUGGAUCAACAGCAGGAUGAAGAUCUACUUCACCAGCUGCUGCAUAGCCUAUCUGCUGGGAAUGAUAGUGACUUUUGCAGUGAUGCUGUUGUCAGGGAUGGGCCAGCCUGCUCUCCUCUACCUGGUGCCCUUCACCAUGAUAACCUCUGCCGUGGUGGCUGGGUGCAGAGGAGAGAUGAAACAGUUCUGGGCGGGGACCAGUUAUGAGGUUUUGGAUUCAUCCAGGGAGCCUUUGUUGCCAGAAGGAAGGACUGAACGCUGCAUAGAUGGAGAAACGUGCUGACUUGCAGUGUUGAUCACAGAACCAGCUGUUGGAGUGUGGUGGUUUUUGGAGGAAUAUAUUUUGAAUUUC